AUGACUCCGGCUGAACGUGUGCAGGGGAUGGGAGGCGAAGGGGGGGGGCGGAGGGUGGGCGGAGCCAUUCUGCAAGGCGUCCUCGACGCAGCAUUCUCCAACACCUCCUCCAUCUCCAACCGUCCCAUCUCCAAGUUCAUCGCUUGCACCAAGAGCCCCAGCUCCGCCGAGCGUCUCCAGGCAUACCUGUCGGCCGAACACAAACCCCACGUCAAGGUCGUCUCCGGCCAGACCGUGCAAUCCAUGCAAGAAGCCGAUGUCGUCGUUCUCGGCUUCAAGCCCUUCAUGGCAGUUGUUGUAGUGGACGUUUCGCUGUGUGAACAGAAGUAA